AUGAACCUCCAGACAGGACAGCGCUUUUGUGUUCUAGUUGCAGAAGGAAGUUCCUUGGAAACUCUGCCGGCAAGGGAGUUGGGGGGACCAGGGCGGGGCAGAAGUGGGGGGCGGUCUCUGAGGUCACGCAAACAGGAGCGCCUGAGCAGACCCUGGAUUGAAUUAAAGCUCGGGUCCCUCUGCACAACGCGCGGGGCCUGCGUUUGCUGCCCUAGGGAAAGCUUCCCCAGCGCGUGCGGGGCUUACCGGGUGCUGCAGGUUGAGGGGACCCCCCUCCGAGAGCUCAUGGACAGUCCCUGGAACCGGAGCGCCUCGGCCCGGCUACCAUGCGACGAGCACCGCUGCUCGCCCUUCCCGCUGGGCGCGCUGGUGCCGGUGACCGCCGUGUGCCUCGGGCUGUUCGCCGUCGGGGUGAGCGGCAACGCGGUGACCGUGCUGCUGGUGUGGCGCGCCCGGGCCCUGCGGAGCGCCACCAACUCGUACCUGUGCAGCAUGGCCAUGUCGGACCUGCUCAUCCUGCUGGGGCUGCCCUGGGAUCUGUACCGCCUGUGGCGCUCGCGGCCCUGGGUCUUCGGCUCGCUGCUCUGCCGCCUGUCGCUCUACCUGGGCGAGGGCGGCACCUACGCCACGCUGCUGCACAUGACGGCGCUCAGCGUGGAGCGCUACCUGGCCGUCUGCCGCCCGCUCCGGGCCCGCCGCGUCCUGGGCAGCCGGCGGCGCGUCCGCGCGCUCAUCGCGGCGCUCUGGGCCGUGGCGCUGCUGUCGGCCGCCCCCUUCUUCUUCCUCGUGGGCGUCGAGCAGGACCCCGCGUCCUUCGAGGGGGGCCCCCGGCUCAACGCCACCGCCGCGGGCUCCGACGCCGCCCGGGCUGCAGCCGCGCUCUUCAGCCGCGAGUGUCGGCCCAGCCCCGAGCAGGAAGGCGCUCUGCGCGUCAUGCUGUGGGUCACCACUGCCUACUUCUUCCUCCCGUUUUUGUGCCUCAGCGUCCUCUACGGGCUUAUCGGGCGCGAGCUCUGGAGGACCCGGGGCCCCCUGAAAGGCAUCGUUGCCCCCCGGCGGGAGAAGGGCCACAGGCAGACCAUCCGCGUCCUGCUGGUGGUGGUUAUAGCGUUUGUAGUUUGCUGGUUGCCUUUCCAUGUGGGAAGAAUCAUCUACAUAAACACCAAGGACACCCGGAUGAUGUACUUCUCUCAGUACUUCAACAUUGUUGCUUUGCAACUUUUCUAUCUGAGCGCCUCCAUCAAUCCCAUCCUCUACAACCUCAUCUCAAAAAAGUAUAGAGCUGCUGCCUCGAAACUACUACGGGCCCAAAAGUCUCCACACAGAGUUUUCUGCAGUGGUGGACACAAGGCGGACAGAAGAGACACUGCAAGCCAUACAGAGACCAGCUCUAACAUAAAGACAUUGGCUACCAGCACAACCUAG